AUGUCCUUAACUCAAAAUAUUCUCUUCAUUACAAUAUUCUCGCAUUUUGCUCAAGGUUCAAACAAGGGAGUAAACUCCUAUUACGAGCCUCCUUAUCAUCAUCGAUUCAAAAGCAGAUUACCAAAAGAAUAUGUCGUAUUGAGCAGCGAAGAAAUCCCAAAUACAUUUAACGAUGAAAAACUUUUGGAGCCGUCAAUACCCACGCUGAUUUCUUUCUCUCAAUCUUCUCUUGAUGAAUCUGAGCAAAAUCAACAAGAAAUCAGAAGAUCUCCACAAAGGAUCACUCCUCCACAAGCAAAGAUCCCGCCGACAUGGAAACGAUCAUUUACUGAAUUAGCCAUUCAACCAAUUGCGCUAACAAAAAAGCUCGUUCUGGAGUCGCUCGAUUCAAAUCAAUCACUUCCUAUCUUGCAAGCAAUCCCUUCAAAUACAAGAUUUAUUCGUUCCAAAAAUCUUUCAAUAACAAAAAUCCUUGCUGCUGCAAAAUCAAAAGAGUUUGGAGCAAACACGAUUGUCGAGAAGCAUCGAUCAGAGGGUCCUUUGCCUAAAAGGAAAAGAAAAUACAAAAAACGUUCCGCGAAACGAUUAUGGAAGAAAAAGAUCAAAAAGCAGCAUGCUGAGAAUCCUCCCGUCAUUCCAAGAAGACCUCCACCACUUUCGCGUCGAUUCCCGAAAGAAUUCAAAUAUAAAGCUAAGAAUUCAAAAAAUCUUAGUGAUUCGCGACAAAAGAUUCCGAGUCUUCCUUUGCGACCCAUUCCAAAUGAAAUAAAUGAGAGGAGAACGGUUUUGGAAUUCGAGAUUGAUAAAUUGAAUGAAGAAUUGAAAAGUAUUGAAAAUCGACUAAAAGAAACAGAUGAAAGUACUGAGCAAAGUAUUGGAGAUCGAAUUGAAUUGAAUGAACAAAGAGAGCUUAAAAAGAAAUAUCAGCAAGCUAUCGAGGAAUUAACAGAAUCGACUUCAAGACCUUUUAUGGAACCAACGACAAUAAGUGAUAAUGGGACAUGGAAUCCAUUGAAAUAUUAUGUAAAAGAUGGGAUUGUCUAUGAAAGAAUGCAAGGCAGACGUGUGGCUGGUGUUUCCACUCAAGAUCGAGCCAUUCCGGUCAUCAGUCGAGAGGGAAACUUUAUUGGGCCAAAGAGUCGAGUGGAAUCGUCUCCUUUAGUGGCUGAAAUACAAUGGGAAACAAGUAAUGAGGAAAAUUCUGGUUAUGCAAAAAGAAUAGGGAAUCUAAAUAGCGAAUCAAUAUUCAACAAGCAACAACGUGGAUUUAUGUUCCCAAUCGGUCUCAACUAUCCACCAAUCCCUAUUCCAACAGCUUCUUUCUACAAAGGAGCUAUCACUUCAUCGACAUUUUCUCCUACAACCACUGACACUCAACGAUUAUAUUCUUUCCUUGUUGAGCCAUUCCCAUUACCUGGAAACUUUAUCAGACCAAGAGCCCCAUUAUUUCCUCCAAUUGCUCCUUCAAUCUCUCAUAUUUCUGAUCAACAACAGAAUCGAUUUGAUGAAAAUGAUGCACAAAAAGAUAUCUACAACGGAACACAAAUAGACAAACGUUCUUCUUCUCUCAAUGGCAACUUUCCAUCACAAAGUUGUUACACAAAUCGUGAUGGUUAUAUGUGUUGCAACGAAAGAUUGGAAAUGAUCAUGAGAAAGAGUUUCUCAAAAUUGAGACGACGCUUAGGAGAUCAUGGAUGCACAGUUCAAUUGAUAGCCAAUCAAAUACAAAAAGAUGCUGAAGUGAUGUUUGGUCUUCCAUUCGAAACUGUUGUCGGCGGGGCCGAUUUUGCGCUACGAGCUCAUUUUGUGGCUGAUUUGACAUGUAAAAUUGAACAAGAUGGACGAUUUGUGACUGCUUAUGCUACAGCCACACCGGAAAAUGGCAAGAUAGAAUUUCCACAGAGAAUAGUUUAUGAUCCAAGAGAACUUGUUACCUUAUCACCGGAAAUUCAGCCAAUCAAUGAGAAUGUACUCAAUCAAUUUAUCGAGGAAAGGAGUGUUGCUCAGAGAACGACAUUGCACAUUCCCGAUACAUCGACUUUGUCGGAUCUCAACCUUUUACCUUUUGGAACAUUGCAAACAGAGGAUGGCUCAAAUUCAAAAGAGACCAAUACUUCACAAUCAAAAUUCACAACAGUCAGAACAACAGCAAAGGAUGAACCACGAUUAACAUUUUCUCUCAAGACUCCAUUUAAAGAUUUCAAUGAUGCCUCACUGGAUCAAAUCUCAACUCCAAAAUAUUCAACAAAUCAAGAACUUUUCCCUCUUCCUCAUCGAACACAAAUGGGUGUAAAAACUGUUUCAGUGGGAAAACCUAUCGAUUUUUCACAA